AUGUGCGUCGUGUGGGGGACUGUGGGGGAGACACAGUGUGUGACGGAGAGAAAGAAGGAGGAGGAGGAGGAGGAGGAGGAGGCGCGCAUGCUCGCAGCAGAUGAAGAAAGAUGGAAGACUGCGAGAGCACCCGGAGCAGCGACUAUUCUCAUCCUGCAGCGGCCCCAUCCCGGAGCUGAUGAACUCCUGGAGGUGACUCAGGACCCAUUGACUCCCCGUGACACUCAGAGCAUCAUGGAGGAGAAAGAGGCCCCCACUCCUCCCCCUGAGACCCAGAGGACCAGGAGUCACAGGCGCAGUGAAGCUCCACACGACAUGGAGCCAGAGCCUAAGCCCCCAGCCCGUGCAGCCACCUCCCGCUACAGACGCCAAGGAGACACAGAGGCCCGGCUCAGGGCCCAGCAGCACCGGCAGCAGCGGCGACUGCAGAGAGAGGCCCAACAGGAACUAAGGAGCCACGAGGACGAGAGGGAGCGCGAUGACUCUGCUCUGGCCCGAUCCGCCAGCACCGAGAGCGGCUUCCACACUCACACUGACCGAGCCGAGGGGGACGACAGCCUGCUGCAGAGCACAGAGCCAGAAGAUGAGCCCCAGAGAGCUCCUGCCCCUGUGCCGGCCCCUGUGCCUGCUCCUGUGCCGGCCCCUGUCUCUGCCCCUAUGCCUGCCCCUGUGUCUGCACCUGCACCUGCCCCACCCGAAGACCCCACUGCGCACUACUGCAAGGUGAUGGAUUCCGCUGAAGAGCUGAGGGAACAUGAAACAUACUGUGAGCCUUACGACAUCUACUCUCCCUCUGAGCACGUGUACGAGGAGAUCUGCGAGGCGUCCGGCUUCUCUGAGCGCCAGAGACCGUCCAGCUUCAGGCUCCUGGAGGCUCAGUCUGACAGCGGCGAGUACCAGCAGGCCGUGGGCUUCCGGCUGCACCACUACGACGAGCGCUCCGAUGGUGAGUCCGACAGCCCCGAGAAGGAGGCAGAGUUUGCCCCAUACCCUCGCACCGAUAGCGGGGAGCUGGAGGAGGACGGAGACAGCAUCACGGUGGAGCUCCAGAUCAGCCUGAGCUCUCAAAGCCUAAAUUGUGCCAAAGAACUGCCCAGCAACGAUGUUCAGAACUCAGAGCAGCCGCAGCUGGAGAACCUUGCCCCAGGUGAAGACCACAAAGUGACUCCUGGAGGGCAGAGUUUGCAAGAGAAGAAAGACGCCAUUUCUUUGGCGAUAAAAGACAUCCGAGAGGCCAUAGAAGAGGUGAAGACCCGCACCGUGAGAUCUCCCUACACACCAGAUGAACCCAAAGAACCAGUGUGGGUCAUGAGGCAAGACCUGAGUCCCACUGCAGACUGUGAGCUGCACACACCACUAGAUGGCGACUCUCCUCGGUCUGGAUCCCCCUCUCCCUCCGGAGCAGAGGGCUCCAGCAGCCAGCUCCUGCCGGACGACAGUCUGCAUACGCCUUCCCCCAGAGAGGCUGGCAGGAGCAGGGUGUCCUUCCCCACGUAUGUAGAAGUUCCAGGCCCCUGUGACCCCGAAGACCUGAUCGAUGGCAUCAUUUUUGCAGCAAACUACCUGGGCUCCACACAGCUGCUGUCAGACAAAACUCCGUCCAAGAACGUACGCAUGAUGCAGGCGCAGGAGGCCGUCAGCCGCAUCAAGGCCGCACAGAAACAGGCCCAGAACAAGAAAAAGGCGCCCGAAGACGAGGCGUCCAUGACUGAGGUGGACCUCUUCAUCUCCACUCAGAGAAUAAAAGUGCUCAAUGUUGACUCACAGGAGACGAUGAUGGACCACCCCCUGCGGACCAUCUCCUACAUCGCAGACAUCGGGAACAUUGUGGUGCUGAUGGCCCGUCGCAGGAUGCCCCAGUCGGACUCCGAGGAGACCGUGGAGGAAGACAGCAAGCGGCAGUACAAGAUGAUCUGCCACGUUUUUGAGUCCGACGAUGCGCAGCUCAUUGCUCAGUCCAUUGGCCAGUCGUUCAGUGUGGCCUAUCAGGAAUUCCUACGGGCCAAUGGUAUUAACCCUGAGGACCUGAGCCAGAAAGAGUACAGCGACCUUCUCAACACUCAAGACAUGUACAACGACGACCUCGUCCACUUCUCCAAGUCUGAGAACUGCAAGGAUGUGAUAGUGGAAAAGAACAAAGGGGAGAUUCUGGGGCUGGUCAUAGUAGAGAGUGGCUGGGGGUCCAUCCUGCCCACGGUCAUAGUGGCCAACAUGAUGCAUGCUGGGCCAGCCGAGAGGUCCGGCCGCCUCAACAUCGGGGACCAGAUCAUGUCCAUCAACGGGACCAGUCUGGUGGGACUGCCCCUGUGCACCUGCCAGAGCAUCAUCAAAGGUCUGAAGAACCAGUCCCGGGUGAAUCUGAACAUAGUGCGCUGUCCUCCUGUGACCACAGUCCUGAUCAGACGCCCUGACUUGCGCUACCAGCUGGGCUUCAGUGUGCAGAACGGCAUUAUAUGCAGCCUCAUGCGAGGGGGCAUCGCUGAGCGGGGAGGGGUCCGAGUGGGACAUCGUAUCAUUGAGAUCAACAGUCAGAGCGUUGUGGCCACGACUCAUGAGAAGAUAGUGCACAUCCUCUCGAACGCUGUUGGGGAGAUCCACAUGAAGACGAUGCCUGCUGCCGUGUACCGCCUCCUCACGGCGCAGGAGCAGCCCCUCUACAUCUGA